AUGACUGCGUCCUGUGAAGGGUUGGCGGCGGACGUGACGCAGGGAGAGGGAUGGUGAAGGAGUCUUGGUGUUAUUGUUGUUGUUUCGCUUCUUCCUCCGGCUCCUCCUCCUCCUUAGUGCGGUGUCCGCGGCUCUCAGGCUCCGGGGUCGUCGUGUCUCCGGGAUGUGCCUGUGUUCAACAUGGAGAACAAGCGUGUGGAGGUUCCCGAGGGGGUCCUGGACGACCUGUGCAGCCGAUUUAUUUUACACAUUCCCAGUGAAGAGAGAGACAAUGCAAUCAGAGUGUGCUUUCAAAUUGAACUGGCCCAUUGGUUUUACUUGGACUUCUGCAUGCAGAAUUUUCCAGGCUUGCCUCAGUGUGGGAUAAGAGACUUUGCUAAAGCAGUAUUUCAGCAUUGCCCGUUUUUACUCCCCAAUGGUGAAGAUGUUCAGAGGGUCUUAGAUGAAUGGAAGGAGUACAAGAUGGGAGUGCCUACCUAUGGUGCCAUUAUUCUUGAUGAGACCCUUGAAAAUGUUCUGCUUGUCCAGGGUUAUUUAGCAAAGUCUGGCUGGGGCUUUCCUAAAGGGAAAGUGAAUAAAGAGGAGGCUCCACAUGACUGUGCUGCAAGAGAGGUGCUUGAAGAGACAAGCUUUGAUAUCAAAGAUCGCAUGUGCAAUACUGAUUAUAUUGAGCUGAAGAUCAAUGAUCAGUUGGCUCGUUUGUAUAUCAUUCCUGGAGUCCCAAAAGACACAAAAUUUAACCCAAAAACAAGGAAAGAAAUAAGAAACAUUGAAUGGUUUCCAAUUGAAAAACUGCCUUGCCAUAAGAAUGACAUGACUCCCAAAUCAAAAUUAGGAUUAGCUCCUAACAAAUUCUUUAUGGUUAUACCAUUUAUAAGACCAUUAAGAGAUUGGCUUCAACGAAGACUGGGUGACUCCUCUGACAGUGAGAAUGGACUUGCUUCAGCUGGAAGCACACCAUCCAAACCUAACGGGGAAAAAUCAAAACCCAAAAUGCGUUGUAUGCCUCAGUUUUCUGAGCCUGCUCAAGCUGAACAGUGGACAAAGCCCAAGGUACUACAAAAGCCAUACAGUCAUUUCAGUCCAGCAGAAAUGUCAGAAAUUCUAAAGAUGAAGAACCAGAAUCUUAAGAUUAACGGUAAAAAGCAGCAUCAGGACUCUCCAAACCAAAAGAAGAAGGCAAAUGGGGUGCACACUCCGCAGGUCAAACAACCGAUUAGCCUUUUGAAAUCCGACAGGAAACUUAACCCCAAGCGACUGCAUGACACCUUUGAUGGGGACUCGGCAUUCGGUAUGGUGUAUCCAUCUGAAGGACGGCAGUGUGACCUCAAUGGAGAUGAAGUUUGUAAUGGGACAGCACAGUAUCCCUUCUCUUCCAAAGCCUUCCUGGGCUUCCGAUUUGACAGGGAUGCCAUCAUGAAAUCCUUGGAUCUCUAACACACCAGCAGCUGCACAAGGCUUAAUGUGUCACAGCUGAAAAAUGAGUUUUAUUCAAGCCUUACCUUCCUCAGGUGUUUUUAUGGACAUGCAGGGAUUUCCUGGUGGUUUUGAAAAGCUCUGUCCUAUGGACAGGACUUACAACUUGGUUCUGUUCAUUAUUUGUGAUUGUGAGUGACUGAUGGAGGGGGGUAUUUUUCCUUCUUCUUGCACUGUUUUUUGCAAUAGCAAUUUUUUACACAUGAAAACUUGUUCAGUGUUUUAACUUUCCCACUUUCUGUAUUCAGUGGGCAUUGUCUAGAUGUAAUAUGUCUCGUCCCAUCUUCACCCUAACAUAUAUGACAUUUGUUGUAGUUUGAAUGUAAUAUGAACACAAUGGGGGGAAUUAAUAAAAAGUGCCCGAAUCAAGUUCUAACUCAACUGGUGCUGUUGCUCAUAGUAACCAGUCAGCUUCUAGGUUUCAUUUUGUUUCCAGACAGGUUCAAAAAUGAAAAUGUAAAAGCUGAUUGUCUGUGCUCCAGUUGAGACAAAGUUUGUCUCUCAAGAAAUAUAUAAAAAAAAUUCCCCUCAUUGUUGCAGGUGACUUAAACCUUGCUGCAAGCCUAGUGGGGGGGGGGGGGAGUGAUUUGUUUUCUCUAUGCUUAGUAUAAUGUGCACUGCAGAAUAGCAGAACCCGAGUUUGGAAUAUCUCUAAAUCAGCUUAGAAAUGUUGGUUUUAUUGUACCUCUGUUAAAUUUGUAAUGCAGAAUCUGUUAGUGUGUGUACCUUGGGGUCCUUCUACUCUUAUGCAUUACAGGAGGGUUCUUUGUCUGACUGUGCUGUGCAUACAACCCAAACUGAGUCUCUUCUAUAAGAACUUUCAUUUGUUUGGGAAUUCAGAUUGCACCGAAAAGUCUGCCAUAUUGUGAUCUGUGGUGCUGACCACCUAAAUGUGAGCAGAUCAUAGAAAUUUCCCAGGUAAAGUAGAUGUAAACCCUUUUAUACAUGCUUUUGCAUGUUAUUGUUAUUUCAGUCAUUUAAAAUCUGCAGCAUGCAUUAUACCUGGUGAUCAAUGCAUUAAGACCCUUCCUGUUAUAGGACCACCAUGUCCCUGUCUCCUAAUUGUGCUCCAUCAUUGUCACUCUGGCUGCCAACACAGACAACCAUUUCACUACACAGGCAAGGACCACUGUUGUCACCAGCAUACUCAUCCUGAUAAAUGCCAUGUAGGCAGAAAGUGUAUGCAGAAGAUGGAACAAAAAGGUUAAACUGUGAAAAUGGCACUUGUUAUAAUACACAGUGCUUUAGCAAACUUAAUGUUUUACAGUUUGGGUUUACAUCUACUUUAAACUUCAGUCAGUGCAUGGCCCUCCCAAGUUGCCUUAACACUGCUGCAUAAGUGGAAGGCAAUCCUAAAAAGCAUGCCAAACUAGUUAAUGCAAAAAGUGAGCUGCGUAGAUAGAGAACUCACGUUGGAUAUCACUGUUGCCUCUGAUACAUUUCUAAGCUAAGCUUUAAUGUGAAUUUAUUUACACCUCUAACUUCUACAACAAGAAUUCAGAAUCCUGCUGUUUUAUAUGCAUUUUGAUCAGAGUGUGAGUUGUAGCACAUUUAAAGGCAACACAUUUGCUUUGCAUCUUAUUUUAGGCUAAGACACUUCUAUUUGCAUUUUCUUGCAAGGAACUGUAGCAGCCAUUACGUAUUAUUUUGUUCCUCAAUUAUUCUUAUGGCCAUGCGUAAGGAUUUCAGAAGCAUAAGCGUGUCUUUUUUUUAAGGCUAAUAGUUGUUUGAUUCUGAUUUAAUAAAACGGGGAUACAUCUGUUUCUUCAGUAGGUUACAGCAUCAGGAGAAGCUAAGGAGCAGAAUGAGUCUGUGGUGGCUGGACCACUCUUGAUUUUGACUACAGCAGGCUACUUUUUACAAGUGUCGUUUCAAGUUUUUUGUUUCCCCCGUGUUGGUUUUGUUAGAUUUUAUUCUAGUGGGUGUUGCCCCAGAUUUAAGUCGGCCAAAGGUGGAGCGAUUUUCUUUCCUGCAACCACAAGUUUCUGGAAAGAAAAUUGCUUGAUUCCCCUAUCAACACAGUCAGUGUUGAGAGAAUCCUUCCCGCAGAGACAUUGCGUUCCCCCCGAUAGUGGGAGCCACCUCUGACGGGAGCGCACAGCAACAAUUUCACGUAAAACCGACAGGCUGGUUGUACGCAAGUUGACCGAUCAUUCAUGAAUUGAACUUGGCCGGUCCCUGCUGAACCAGCUGAGAUUUGAACCAUCUAUGGCCGGUUUUCCAGAACAGUCUGCAGGCUGUUCAGUGAUUUGUGUAAUUUGUAUAAGGUAAUUUGGGGUAUGACAUUCAUACCUUUUACUUGGUGUUGAUUUGAAACGGUGCCUAAGAUGUCUUGCAAAUACAGCCUUGUAUUCCUUUUUGGAUGAUUCUCCAGUUUGUGAACAUUUUUGUGUUACCUGCUUAGAAACCGAUUGCAUAGCUUGCCAUUUGUCGUAUUUGCAUGGUUUAAAGCGAAUGAAAACUUGUAACUGGAACCAGUUCCAUCUCCUGCUUAGGAAAAACCUGCAUGGAUAGUAAUAGGGAGACUGCCAUAGCUGACCACCAUUCAGAAAAUGCAAGUUGCUUGUAAGCCACGGACUGAAACAAGCACACAAAUCUGAAAAGUCAGAAAUUCUGAUCUACAUACUUGUCAGUGACCUACUUAAAAUGGAGUUCCAGUCAUAUUUUUGUUUAUUAAAAAUCAGCAGCAACAAAAAGUGUAGCUGCUGACUUUUAAUAAACAGACACUCGCCUGUCCCACGAUCCAGCUGUGUACUCCCCGUGUCCUCCUGCAUCUCUACUAUGGACAUCCUGGCUGUGACCGAUUGUGUCUUCACAGCCGGGUGCCCACUGCACAUAUGCGAGCGGCGCUGUGCUUUGUGACUGGUCCCAAAGUCUUCUAGGACCUGUCAUGUGUCCCAGAAGACUUUGGGAGGGAGAACUUCCACUUCCGAUUACUUAAGGUGACCGGAACUGAAGUGGGAGCAGGUACCUGUCAAAAUCGGGGACCUGAUCCCCCCCCCCCCCAUCCUCCCCAAAAGCUCCGUUUCACAAACGAGAGCUGGGGAAGGAGGCCUUAAAAUGGAAGUUCCACUUUUGGGUGGAACUCCGCUUGAAACGAUUGGAUCAGUAUGACAAGCUAGGAAAGUGUAUUUUUUUUUUUCAAUAGUACUAGCAGCCUCCAUAUUUCCUCACCACAGAUUUCCUUGAAGCCUAUGAUGAGAAAAAUCUAGGUGGUGCAAUUUCCCCAUUUCUUUCACUAAAUUCUAGUUGCCAGGCUGUUAUACUGGCCAUCUGGCAUUAAUAUUUUUAACCUAAUGACUGGAGCAAGUAUUCAGUUUAGGAAAAGCUGUUAUCUGUGUAUUUAUUUCAUAUUUAUAGCAUUUUAGACAGAGGUUCUGUGUGACAGCCAGGUAGCUAGCAUUUCCAGAAAGAGAGGUCAGCAAUAGCAACCUCCUUGUUGCUCUUAUGUAAAGGUUAUUUUAAGCUUUUGUAUUUGUAUAAUCUUUUAACACCAUAAUGACCAUGCAGCAUAGAUCUAUGCUUUAAUUCUCUGUACGUUCUCGCAGCGGGCGUAGAUCUACGCUGGCAAAUGUUUAUUUUAUGUACAUGUACACGCAGGUGUGUGCAUAUCCACAGGGGUACAUACACCUGCAAGAACGUGUGCUGUACUACGCACACAAAUGUGCAUUGUAUACUUGCUGUGACCAGGCUAUUAACAACUGUCACAGUGAAGGGACUCGCAUGUGGACUCCCAGCUGUAAAGAUUGCUGUCAUUAGACAGUGAUAAACUAAAAAAGCAGUGUUCACCAUGGCACUGCAUUGUGCCAAGUCUGUCUCUUGCUGCCCAUAAAGCAGCCAAUAGAUCAGUCCUUUUGACUCUGUUUCUCCAUUUACACAUGCAGUGUGGACGGGUGAAUCACUGCCGCUAAGCCUUGGUAUUCUGACAGACUUCUCUGCCAUCAAAAUACACUGAUCAGGGCUGGCACUGCUAAUCCAGUAUGGGAAAUCUGUCAGGGUGGUUGUACAAAAAUGUAAUAGACUUCUGUACAACCAGCCUGUGCCCAUACAUGGAUCAAAAUUUGGCUGAUGCGGCUGAAUUUUGAUCCAUGUAUGGCUGACUUCACUGUCAGGGAGCAGAGGGAAAGAGAUGGACGGAUACACUGUGCCCAUUAGCGUAGCCAUCUAAGAUAAAAAAAUAAAAUAAUAAUUUGAGUAAUGCCAAGUUCACACAGUUGGCAAAUGGACAGUAAAAACAGGCGGUUGAUCUGCAUUUUUAGCGCCACCCAACUGCCUA